ACACUCAAAACUACAGGCUCGAGGAGGACACAUAUUUUGUCAGUGAGGUGGCAACUUCAGACAAGUCAUGGGGGUAUUAGAACCGUUUCUCCAGUCCUCCAGCUCUAUCUCCCUGUUGGGGGGUCUUGUUGUCCUGCUACUCGUCUACCUUGUCUGCUCCUCUAGCUUCAGCUCCAAGGAAGACAGAAAGGAACCUCCAGGACCAAAACCAUUGCCUCUAAUAGGGAACCUGCUGCAGCUUGAUCUUAAGAGACUCUACAGCACAUUACUGAAGCUUUCCAAGACAUACGGAUCAGUGUUCACUGUGCAUUUGGGACCCCAAAAAGUGGUUGUGCUGGCUGGGUACAAGACGGUGAAAGAGGCACUUGUCAACUACGCUGAAGAGUUUGGUGAAAGAGAUCCAAUGUUAAUAAUGCAGGAAUAUUAUCAGGGCCAUGGUGUUAUAUGGGCCAAUGGUGAUUCGUGGAAGGAGAUGAGGCGCUUUGCUUUGAGUAACCUGAGAGACUUUGGGAUGGGCAAGAAGGCGAGUGAGGACAAAAUCAUUGAGGAAUGUGACCACCUCCUUGAAGUGUUCAAGACAUUUAAAGGUGAAGCUUUUGAUUCAACCCUAAACAUGAACUAUGCAGUCUCUAAUAUUAUCUGCUCCAUUGUUUAUGGCAGCAGAUUUGAAUAUAAUGAUCCAGAGUUUAAAGCCCUGAUAGAUCGAACAAACAGAUACGUUGAACUUGUGGGCUCCCCGUCAAUACAGCUGUAUAACAUGUUUCCAUGGAUCGGUAAAUGGUUUAGUGGGAAGAAGGAAGUAGUGGAGAUAUUUGCUGCCAACAAGAAACAGAACUUAAAGCUGUUCAGUCGUUUGAAAGAGACCCUCAAUCCAGAGAUGUGCAGAGGCUUUGUGGACGCCUUUCUGGUCCGAAAGCAAAAUCUGGAGGAAUCUGGGAUUACCAACAGUUACUUCCACGAACUCAACCUUUUGCAGACAGUUAUUAAUCUUUUCGGGGCUGGCACUGAAACAACAGCAACUACUCUGAGAUGGGGACUUCUGUUUAUGGCCAAGAAUCCAAAAAUACAAGACCAGGUCCAGGAGGAGCUGAGAAGGGAGAUAGGAAGUCGUCAAGUGCAUGCUGAGGACAGGAAGAACAUGCCCUUCACCGAUGCUGUCAUCCAUGAGACACAGAGACUGGCCAGCAUUACCCCAAUGGCAGUGCCUCACAAAACGAACAAAGAUAUCACCUUCCAGGGUCACUUCAUUAAGAAGGGGACCACAGUAUUUCCUCUCUUAACAUCCGUCCUACAUGAUGAGAGUGAGUGGGAGAGGCCACACAGCUUUUAUCCUGCUCACUUCCUGGACAAAGACGGGAAGUUUGUCAAGCGGGACGCCUUCAUGCCUUUUUCUGCAGGUCGAAGGAUUUGUCUCGGAGAGAGUCUUGCCAGGAUGGAGCUCUUCCUCUUCUUCACCACCCUCCUGCAGCACUUCCGUUUCACUCCUCCUCCUGGAGUUUCAGAGGAUGAACUGGAUCUGACUCCACGUGUGGGCUUCACCCUCAGCCCUUCACCCCAUAAACUGUGUGCUGUUCCUGUAUUUGAGCAGUAGGGCUUGAAAAUGCUGCUUUGCUAAUUUUAUGCCUUUGACUUACUUCAAGAGACUAGAAUCUC